CGCCAUGUGGCGCUGCGGUGGGCUGUGGGUUCUGGAAACGCUGCGGCGACUAAGAGGCUGCAGUGCACACCACAUGGUAUGGAGGUGGAGGAGUGACCCGGCCUGUGAGAGGGCCCUGCAGUAUCAAGUAGGAGAAAAGAUCCACGGGUUCACCGUGAACCAGGUGACAUCUGUUCCUGAACUGUUCCUGACUGCAGUGAAGCUCAGCCACGAUGACACAGGGGCUAAGUAUUUACAUGUGGCAAGAGAAGACACAAAUAAUUUGUUCAGUGUGCAAUUUCGCACCACUCCGAUGGAUAGCACUGGUGUUCCGCAUAUUCUUGAGCAUACGGUCCUUUGUGGCUCUCAGAAAUACCCAUGUAGAGAUCCUUUCUUCAAAAUGUUGAACAGGUCAUUAUCCACUUUUAUGAAUGCCUUCACAGCUAGUGAUUAUACUCUGUAUCCAUUUUCCACACAAAAUCCCAAGGAUUUUCAAAAUCUCCUCUCUGUGUAUCUGGAUGCAACCUUUUUUCCAUGCCUGCGGGAGCUAGAUUUUUGGCAGGAAGGAUGGCGACUAGAGCAUGAGAAUCCAAGUGACCCCCAAACGCCCUUGGUCUUUAAAGGCGUAGUCUUUAAUGAGAUGAAGGGAGCAUUUACAGAUAAUGAGAGGAUAUUCUCUCAGCACGUUCAGAACAGACUUCUUCCCGACCACACCUACUCAGUGGUCUCUGGUGGAGAUCCCCUCUGCAUCCCGGAGCUCACGUGGGAGCAGCUGAAACAGUUUCAUGCUACUCACUACCACCCAAGCAAUGCUCGGUUCUUCACUUAUGGUAAUUUUCAGUUAGAACAGCAUCUGAAACAAAUUCACGAAGAAGCACUGAGUAAAUUUCAGAAAAUUGAACCAAGUACCACAGUGCCAGCUCAGAAGCCCUGGGAUGAGCCUAGGGAAUUCCAGAUAACAUGUGGCCCGGAUUCACUGGCUGGAGAUCCCUCCAAACAAACCACGGUCAGUGUUAGCUUCCUCUUGCCCGAUAUCACUGACACAUAUGAAGCCUUCACAUUAAAUCUCCUGUCUUCACUCUUGAUAUCGGGGCCCAAUUCUCCCUUUUACAAAGCCUUAAUUGAAUCUGGACUUGGCACAGACUUUUCUCCUGAUGUUGGAUACAACGGCUACACAAGGGAGGCCUACUUCAGUGUGGGCCUGCAGGGGAUUGCAGAGAAAGAUGUUCAGACGGUCAGGGACCUCGUGGACAGCACGCUUGAUGAAGUGGUCAGGAAAGGAUUUGAAGAUGAUCGAAUUGAAGCUUUACUUCAUAAAAUCGAAAUACAAAUGAAACAUCAGUCUACCAGCUUUGGACUUGCCCUGACAUCAUACAUAGCUUCUUGUUGGAAUCAUGAUGGGGACCCUGUGGAACUCCUGCAGUUGGGAAAUCAGUUGGCUAGAUUCAGGCAUUGCCUUAAGGAAAAUCCAAAAUUUUUGCAAGAAAAAGUGAAGCAGUAUUUUAAGAAUAAUCAGCAUAAGCUGACUUUAUCAAUGAAACCAGAUGACAAGUACUAUGAGAAACAAGCAAAAAUUGAAGCAGAAAAACUGAAGCAAAAGGUCACCUCUCUCUCUCUGAAAGACAAGCAACAGAUCUAUGAAAAAGGUUUAGAAUUACGGACUCAGCAAAGUAAACCUCAAGAUGCCUCUUGCCUGCCAGCAUUGUGUGUCUCGGAUAUCGAGCCCACCAUGCCUUUCACUGAGCUGGACAUGGACUUGGCAGCUGGGGACACCCCUGUUCAGUACUGUGCACAGCCCACCAAUGGCAUGGUGUAUUUCCGAGCCUUUUCCAGCCUGAACACACUUCCUGAGGAGCUGAAGCCCUACGUGCCACUCUUCUGCAGCGUCCUUACUAAGCUGGGCUGCGGCACUCUCGACUAUCGGGAACAAGCUCAGCAAAUAGAGCUGAGAACGGGAGGGAUGACUGUGUCUCCCCAGGUGCUCCCUGACGACGCACAUCUGGACACAUACGAACAGGGCGUGCUUUUUUCCUCUCUCUGCCUGGAUCGAAACCUACCAGAUAUGAUGCAUCUGUGGAGUGAAAUAUUUAACAACCCAUGCUUUGAAGAAGAAGAACACUUCAAAGUGUUAGUUAGGAUAACUGCUCAGGAGCUCGCAAAUGGAAUUCCAGACUCCGGGCAUCUCUACGCAUCCAUCCGAGCCAGCAGGACCCUCACGCCCGCAGGGGACUUGCAGGAAACCUUUGGUGGGAUGGAUCAGGUGAGGUUGAUGAAGAGAAUUGCAGAAAUGGCAGACAUCACUCCAGUCCUGAGAAAGCUCCCCCGCAUCCAAAAACACCUACUGAACUGUGAUAAUAUGAGGUGUGCAGUGAAUGCUACUGUUCAGCAGAUGUCUGAGGCAGAAAAAGUGGUGGAGAACUUCAUUAGAAACCUUGGUCGAAGUAAGAAGGAGCGGAAACCUGUGCGCCCCCACGUGGUCGAGAAGCCUGCAUACAAUGGCUCUGGUGGAAACGCACACGUUCGUGGCCCCCAGGUCAUAAGAAAGCUGAUCACAGAGCCCACUUUCAAACCCUGCCAGAUGAAGACACAUUUCCUGCUGCCAUUCCCGGUGAAUUACGUUGGAGAAUGUGUUAGGACUGUGCCCUACACGGAUCCAGAUCAUGCCAGUCUUAAGAUCCUUGCACGUUUGAUGACUGCUAAAUUCUUGCAUACAGAAAUUCGAGAAAAAGGGGGUGCUUAUGGCGGAGGUGCUAAGCUCAGCCAUAACGGAAUAUUCACUCUUUACUCUUACAGGGACCCAAAUUCAAUAGAAACGCUCCAGUCUUUUGGGAAGGCUGUCGACUGGGCUAAAGCUGGAAAAUUCACACAGCAGGACAUUGAUGAAGCAAAAUUGUCUGUUUUCUCAACUGUAGAUGCUCCUGUUGCUCCUUCAGACAAAGGGAUGGACGUCUUCCUGUACGGCCUCUCUGAUGAUGCGAAGCAGAGGCACCGGGAGCAGCUCUUUGCCGUCAGCCACAACCAGCUCAUGGCCGUGAGCCACAGGUACCUGGGCACUGGGAAGAGCACACGUGCAGUGGCUAUACUGGGACCAGAGAACGCAAAGAUUGCUAAGGACCCGUCAUGGAUAAUAAGAUGACCAGUCACCAUAUUCCUCAUGGACUCAGACCUCAGUGGACCUACAUAUAUACAGGCUCUUAAAAAUUAUGCCUCUGAGUAGCAUUUGAAAGGUCAGAAAUGUUCCUGCUUUUUCCAUAAUACAUCAGUCAUUCUUAGUUUUUUGCCAAAGGUAUUGACAGGCACGUCAGACAAAAACCCUUCUACCUUGUGACCAAGAAGAAAUUAAUUGAAAUAAUCAUGUAUUAAAUGCCAAAGAUGCAUCAAUUAGAAUUUUAAGACUUUCUAAUGAUACAAAUGUUUAUUUUAUCUUAUUAAUCCUAGAACAUUUAUUUCCACAAUUUAAAAAUAAGAGGCAACUCUGACCUUCCCGUGCUUCAGCCAUUAUUUUAAAUGACAUUUUGCUACAGUAGAACAUGUUACGGCCUUUGAGAAAAUGAACUAGUAAAAGGAGUAAGUGAAUGAGGGAGUUCCAGCAUCUCCCUGGAUUUAUGAAGUGUGCGGUCACACCAGGGACUGCAGAAAAGUCUUCCCAGCCAAUGUGAGAAACAGGCAUCCCGGGGGUCCAUCCUGAGGACUGGACAUGUGUGAUGGAUACGUGUUCACUUGAGCUUUUCUCACUUUGUGUUUACUGAAAUAAACAGGAAAUGUCUGAGUCCCAGCUCUUUAUCAUCUUA